AGAAAUGUAAUGGGGUUAAGGAAUGUAGACGUUGAUUAUAACAAAUCGUAUGCGUAUAAUAACUUGUGACAGAGUUAAUAAAAUGAAGCUGUUCAAAUUGAUAGUUCAUCAUAAAAAUUUUAGUGGUGAAGAUUUAAUCAUAAACCCUAAGGAUUUUCCUGGUAUUAAGAAAGGAAAUAUAGUUGAAAUAUAUCAUCCUGAAGAUGAGUUUAGCAGACUUUUAUUACAAGUAACAGUACUGAAAGAAGACUUACAAGGAAAAGAUGCAAUUAGUGUGGAACAGAGUAUUGCAACAGCUUUCCAGCUUCGGACAUAUGCUGAUGUUAUCAUGAAUAUUGUGAACCCUGAAGAUGUUGCUCUGGAUUCUGUUGAACUGACGUUUAAGGAUCAGUACAUGGGUCGUAGUGAAAUGUGGAGAUUAAAGAACAGUUUGGUAAACACCUGUGUUUAUUUGAACAAGAAGAUUGAAUUCUGUGGAGGAAGUAUUCGUUGCCAAGUAUAUGAAAUGUGGUCCAUGGGAGAUAGAGUUGCUUGUGGUGUAAUCACUGACGAUACGAAGGUGGUAUUCCGGUCAUCCACCAGCAUGGUAUACCUGUUCAUUCAGAUGAGUUCAGAAAUGUGGGAUUUUGAUAUUCAUGGAGACCUAUAUUUUGAGAAAGCUGUUAAUGGUUUUCUUGCUGAUUUAUUCCAGAAAUGGAAGAAAAAUGGAAGCAACCCUGAGGUUACUAUUGUGUUAUUCUCUCGCACAUUUUACAAAGCAAGCAACCUGGAAGAAUUUCCUGGUUAUAUGCGGGAAUGUCUACAACAGGACUACAAAGGCCGUUUUUAUGAAGAUUUUUAUAGAGUGGCAGUGCAAAAUGAGAGGUAUGAUGACUGGACAAACACAUUGGUACAGCUGCGGCGUCUUUUCACUGAUUAUCAGAAGAUAGUGCUUGAAUAUCACAAAAAGCCUUGGGUUCAGAUCCCGAAAGCCGUUAACUCUACAGCAGCACAAGGAAAUUUUCUCGAAGUCCUAAACAUGUCUCUGAAUGUUUUUGAGAAACACUACUUGGAUCGCAGUUUUGACCGUACUGGCCAAUUAUCCGUAGUGAUAACACCAGGAGUUGGAGUGUUUGAAGUGGACCGAGAGUUGACUAAUGUCACUAAGCAGCGCAUCAUCGAUAAUGGUGUUGGAAGUGACCUUGUGUGUGUUGGAGAGCAGCCGCUCCAUGCUGUCCCUCUUCUGAAAUUCCAUAAUAAAGACACAUCCUUCAGUGCAGCAGAUGACUAUAGUAUGCCACAUUGGAUCAAUUUAAGUUUCUAUUCAACAAACAAAAAAGUGGCAUAUUCUACCUUUAUACCAAGAAUCAAACUACCACCGAAGCGAACAAAACCAUCACCUGCUUGUAAUAGUGGCCCUUUGCAACCAUCUAAAUCGAAGUUAAUCCAAGAGGAUGAAUGCAUGCCAAAUUCACUGUUCGAUUAUGAUGCUUAUGAUGCUCAAGUUUUUCAGUUACCUCCUGUCCAUACAGCAAGGUUCUCCCGUAGUUUACAGCGUGGAAGUAGCAACCGACACAAGAAAACUGGUGUUCCAGUGUUGGAUUCACAAAGUGGGAGUGGACAAAAAUUUCUCAAGAGAAAAAUGUCUGAUCCUGAUAUCCACCAUUCUCUGAGUAAUGUUGGCUCCCCUACUGGCACCUCUGCCCCUCGCUCAGCAGCCAUUUCUAUUCCUCAGCAUCGUUCGAGUGAUGACUCCCCACAGCAGUCAGCGUCAGUUGGAUCUGUGAAACACAGGGCAUUUGCAGUCCAAAAUGAAGCUCCAGAAACAGAGAUGUCUCCUCCAUACCGGCCAGUGGUAGGAAGUGCUGGGUCUCCAAAUAACCCUUUGCAAUCACAGACAAAUAUUUUGCGACCAGGACGGGCACUUAUCAACCCUUUUGAUCCAUCACAUGUCACCAUUAAACUCACCUCCAACAGACGACGUUGGACUCAUAUUUUUCCUAAAGGACCCACCGGGGUGCUUAUCCAGCAGCACCAUUAUCAGGCUGUUCCAGCAGUGUCAAAUCCAGAUCAACAUGUAUAUGAGGCUGGAUCUGCAUACAGCACAUCACCAGGCAAUGACAACUCUGUCCCAGCUGGCUCACUACCAAAAUCAGCAUCUCAGAUUACAUUUCAUGACAAUAUCAAGAAUCGAUCCUCAGGACGUCCAGGUGUUCUGCCUUCAGUACCUGGUGAAAAAACAGUUCAAACCAAUAAAAGUUUAACUUUACUGUGGGGUGCUACUGGUGAACAAGAAUGGACUCCUGCACUCACUACAGUCGGCAAAGUUAUCAUAGGUGUGGACUGGAAGUCUCUCACCAUCCCAGCUUGUCUGCCCAUCACCACAGAUUACUUCCCUGACAAACGCAGUCUUCAGAAUGAUUAUGUAGUCUCUGACUACAAUCUUCUUCCCGAUGAUGUGAAUGCAGAUUUUGCUCAGCAGAGGGCAAUCUACAAGAAACCUUUAACCACUGUUGAAGUGUUUAAAGAACUAGUUUCACAGAGACUUGCUCAGGGUUUUCAGUUGAUUGUCUUUUCCGAGCACAGCUCAAAGAAACAAGCGCAUACACCUGGGAAUAAUUCUACCUCAGCUGCAGCUGGCAUCAUAAGCUCACUUGUGAUGUCACGCCCAUGUGAUAUUGAACCAACUGAAGAAUACUUUCUCAGUAUUGGGAGAGUGUUUCACAAAAUAUCACUUAGUGGAUCAGCCAUUACUGUCACAAGAUACAGACCCAGACAUCCAUACCCUCCAUUUAAUAUUCAUUACCGUUACCGGUUUCAUGCCCCUCAUCAUGACAACUAUGAAGUUUCAUGGGUAUCUUUCACAACAGAGAAGUUAGAGAAUUUUAAUUGGAACUAUCUGGAUCACUACAUUUGUACAAGAGGAGACACAGACUUUGCUCUUGCAGAGGCUCAGAAGUAUUGGCGCUUUCGUGUUUAUCUUCUUCCACUGAAUCAUCAGGCCACAAAGAAGAUAUUGGAAGGCUCUGAUCACUGUGAUAUUUACACACCUCCAACUCUUGAGGAGCAAGGCCAUUUGAUGGAAAAUUUCCUACGAUUUCUUGAGACUUGGGUCAAUAGAAUUCGCCGCCCAAACACCUGCAAGAAAUCAAGGAGCCCUGUCUUUUCAACAGGAAGCAAGGGCCAACAAAAGUUGAUUCAGCGUCGCCAUAGCUCCAGUUUGAUUUCUCUAUCCCACAGUAACAGUUCGAGUAGCAAUAUAUCAUCGACAAGUAAUCCAUCAACUAACUUACAGACAAAUGUUGUUGGAAAUUCUCCAUUCAGAGAAAGGCUGGGCAGCAACCGCAUUGUCGACAAGCCACGUCCGAGGUCAGGUUCUAAAGUUAUGGAGCGAGUGAAGGUGGAAGGGGGUAGCGGCCGCAUCUCUCCUGCCACUGAGGCAGCUGGGGGAGAGAACAAGGCUUCAAGUCAGCAGCCAGUGUCUCCUGAACAACAGCAACAACAGACAGACUCACCGCAUCAUCAGGACUCUGCAGAUGAGAGCCAGAGUCAUUUUGACAUCCAUCGACUGAAAAGCACGGCAACACUGUCAGAAAUUCUUGAGGCUCUGAGAAAUACAGUGUCAGGUGUUGGUUUUCUAACCCACCAUCCCAGCUUGCCAAGCUAUACAUUCGUAAGUGCAGAUGCUGUGCAGUGGUUGAUAUGCCAUGUAGAGGGAGUGCUGCAUGAAGAGAAAGCAGUUGAUAUCAUGGAGCAAAUGCUGAAAGAGAAAAUGGUUUGCCAUGCAUCAGGUGAUUUCUCCCAUCCAUUCAUUGUGGGCUUCUACCUGUACCAUAUAGUCCAGCAAGAGAAAGAUCAGAAAGAUGGAGAGUAUCUGAACCCAUUGGGUGAUCUUCAGAGUUUUGAGAAUGAAUGGCUAGAGGUUGAAGUUAAGCAUCCAACAGGGUGGAGGCAGACUGUGCCACUGUCACCAACAUCUGAAACACCUUCUUCACCAAAUGUUACCCCUAAGUUCCUGUGCACUGUUCUAGAAGAAAUGUGCCAGGAAGAUGGUGAAGGUGACAGGGAUUGGACAGAUUAUGGGUUGGUCAAGAAAAGCCCAGACCUGUGGCCUUCAGAUGAUACCCAUUCCAGCUGACCCGCUAGCAUUACCUUUCACUCACAAGUCAGAUCCAUUAAGAGGUCCAAUAUUUAUACCUCUGGAUACAGAGUGCCUCAUGGGUAAAAAGAGCUAUUUGUUUGAAGAAUUUCCUGAAGAGACGUGGGACCAGCGUUUAUUCUUAUUCCAAGAGACAAUUGUUGAGAGGUUUGGAUUUGUCCGGUGCACUGUGGAGAGCUCUAGUGUGAGCUCCCCCAUAUCAAGCAGUAACAGUGGCAGCACCCUGGCCCAUCAGCACCAGUAUGUGCACCUCACUGGCAAUAUGUUCAUCCUCAUACCAUCCCAACUGUGCCAGCGGCCACACCACCGUAGUAAUUCACUGUCACAUGUUGGACGAUCUGGGCUUGGAAGCAGGCAGUUAGGAAUCCAGAAUUCUCGAAGGUAUCCUGUUCAUUCCGAUGCUUUGCCCAGUCCCCAUGAGGAAUACAUCACAAGACAUGUUAGUGGCAAGAACAAGGAUGACUGUGGCACAGACAUGAGGAUGGGAUUCCUUUGGUCAUGGAACCACAUGGUUAGUCGACGUUGGAAGUCUUCGUCAACUCCUGCCACUGGUGAUGAGAUGUUUCAAACCAAAAUCCUAAGAGAUUUCCGUGAGUUCUGUGCCAAUAGCAACAACCGCCUGAAAUUGUUUUGGGAUUCUUGUUGGGCCUUGAAAGAACAGACCUUUUAAAGUUCAUAUAUACUGCGUAUGAACCUAACAUAUGUUAGUACAGUCAUUUCUGUAUUUUACUAUUUUCAUACAUGCUACAGACAACACAUCUGCUGGCUGUUUGAUGAAGAUUUUAGAUCGUGUUGCAGUAUCAGUUUUUUUUUAGAACCUUUUCAUCGUUAUGGAUGGAACAGUUUCACUGCGUAAGAAAGCAGUUUGUACAUUAUGAACAAUUCUUCCAGCGCAUUUCUAGAUUUGUAUAGUAUCUAUUCUGUUUUCAGGGAAAAUUAAUUGUAGGGUAAAGAUUGAAUUUCAAAAGGGGGGAUAUAUACAUAUACACACAUACAUCACCUUCUCAUUUUACAAGGGGAGUGCAUUGGUUGAAAGGCAUUCACUCAAUGAAAAUUAACUUCUUAUCAAUUAAAAUACAAAUUAGAGAUGUGAUUGCCUGAAAUAAUAUGCAUACAGUAAUCCUUUGUUUAAGAGGGGGUUGUUACAUUCUUACACCAUUGUUAUCAAAAUCAUGUUGUUUAUGAGAAAGAAGUGUUAAAGGGAAUUUAUUUAUGAAAAAUGUGUACAGAAGCCAAAGGUUCAGUAUAAACAAGUCGAGAACAUAUGCAUAUGCUGUAGGAAACUGCUUUUAUUUAUACCUAUUGUACAUAUACAAAACAUUAGAAAUUAGUUGUACUGUGAAAUAACUUUAAUGCUAUUUUUUCAUCCUAUUGUGUUAUGUUAUCAAGGUGUAAGAUGACCAUCUACAUAACAAUUGUUAGUAAAGUUAAUAAACCCAAAUAAAAAUUAGUGGAAGGUCAUUAUUAAUUAUUAUUAUUUUUAUUCUUUACCACUAUUUGUUUUGAUAGUCGUUCAUAAAUAAAAUACACAGUUGCUGAAUUGCAAAUUAAAAUGGGCCCAUUUUUCACGAUGAAAAUGUCAUAAAAUUUUAAAAUGUAAAUGUAAUCAUGUAAAAUGAAAUUGAAGUUGGAUGUGGUUUUAUGUGUAAAGUUGGUUUGUAUAAUGUGGUGCUAGUAAAUAUUAACCUUUAACGUACGGACUUUUAAAAUGUCGGGAGUCCUCUGUAGCUGGUAUUUAAAUCGCCCAAAUUAAUUAACAUUGCAGACUUUCGGAAAAAAAAACAUUUUCCGGUCUAUGCAACAUAGAAAUAUGAACU